UUAAGUACCAUGGAUCUGCUCCCUCUUUUCCCUCCUAUCCUUCUUUCUUUUCCCUUCCUUCCCCUUAGUCCAAACAAACCUAAAAAAUUUUAUCCUAGUUGCUGCUCUCGAAACAAACAAUGCGUCAAUAACUUCUGAGAGAGUAAGGGUCCGUUGAUACUGGCUAUGGCUGCCACCAGCGUGGCUUCAGCUGCUCUGAGAAGAGCUCUUCACUCACUUGAAUUCCUUCCUCCUCGUGCCAUUGGCUUCAAAGACAAGUUCUACUACUCCAGGCCUCUUCCUUUUGCAACUCCUCUCCAUUCAUCGUCAGCUUUGGGUCUAUGCCAGCUAUCACAGGCUAUAAAGAGUGAUACAGAUUUUUUACUGAAAGGAGUGGGAGACAAGGACACAAAUGAAGAUGUCAAGCGUGUGCUUGAAAUGGCAAAACGAGCAGCAACUAGGUGCGAAAUUCUACAUACUGGCUUUCUUACACCACCUGUACUAAAGGAGUCAAUGCAAGCUUUGAAAGAUUUGGUUGACAUUAAAACAGUUGCUCAAGGAGGAUAUCCAGAGGCUGAACGCUGCCGACUCUCAGUCGGACAUCCAGAAGUUUUGACAAGUGAUCCUGAUAUUGUUGCAGCUUUAAGUGUUUUAGGUAACUUUGGAUUCCAGCCUUGCUCGCAUGGUGACUUCCUUGGUGCAAUCCUUGGUACAGGGAUUACGAGAGAUAAGCUGGGUGAUAUUAUUUUGCAGGGAGAGAAGGGGGCUUACAUUCUUGUGGUUCCAGAGCUUGCUGACUACCUCACGUCAUCCUUGGACAAGGUUGGAAAUGUUUCAGUCACCUGUAAAAAGAUACCAUUGCUGGCUAUUGAAUAUGAACCGCCCAGAACCAAGGCUUUUAAAACUGUAGAAUCAUCGCUCAGGCUUGAUGCCAUUUCUAGUGCUGGGUACAAAAUUUCACGAACAAAAAUGGCGCUUUAA